AUGGCUGCAGAAUUCUUCGAAAGGGCUGCAUUCUCAGAGAAAGCCUCUGUGCCAUCGAAAGUGCUCAAGCUCAAGCCAACGCCAAUUUGUUUGUUGCCAAAUUUUUCGGUUGUGCCGGCCUUAUGUCCUUCCUCUCCUCCGUCCCUGAGCACCAACGACCUGUCUAUACUGUUCGAAGCCUCUGGCCGGACGGUGAAUCCAGUGAACAGAGCAGUCGGACUGUUGUGGACAGGAAACCGGCACAUUUUUGAAUCAGCUGUAGAGACGGUGCUCCGAGACGGAAGCAUAAAUCCCAUGCCUGAGCUAUUUUCAUUUGGAUCUACUCAAGUGAGAUAUCCGCUACAGGUGGAUGCUCCUGUAUAUGCAGUAGGGACUGAUGUAAAACCAGCAGAAAUAGCUAGACAAGGUCUUCAAGAGGAUAAAAAAAAGAAUGUAGAUGUGGUUAUAAUGGAUACAAAAGCAAGGCUUCAGAUAGGCAAAAAUAUGAUGGAUGAAUUGAAAGAUGUGAAGAGAACAUUGAAUCCCAUAGAAGUUUUGCUUCUUGUGGAUGCGAUGACAGGGCAAGAAGUUGCAGAUGGGGAUUCAAGAGGUGGAGCAGCUCUGAGUGUUAAAGAGGUGUCAAGAAAGCCAAUUAAGCUUGUGGGAUGUGGAGAGAGGAUGGAGGAUCUUGAACCCUUUUAUCCAGAUCGAAUAGCAGGAAGGAUCUUGGGCAUGGGAGAUGUUCUCUCAUUUGUGGAGAAAGCACAAGAAGUUAUGAAACAAGAAGUUGCUGAAGAUUUGCAGAAGAAGAUCAUGAGUGCAAAAUUUGACUUCAAUGACUUCUUGAAGCAAACUCGAGUUGUUGCAAGGAUGGGUUCCAUGUCUCGUGUUCUUGGAAUGAUUCCUGGAAUGGGAAAGGUUACUCCUACCCAAAUUCAAGAAGCAAAAAAAAGCUUACAAAUAAUGGAUGCCAUGAUUGAAGUGAUGAGCCCAGGUUUUGUUUCUUUUCCAAUCUAA